AUGGCAGCAGUAUUGCCUGGUAGAGCAGUAUCCACUCAAAGCUUACCGACCAGGACACCGAAGAAAGUACCUGUGGUCUCUGGCGCUCUCAGUGAGAGAGGAAAUAACGACGGUACUGGGCCUUUCACCAAUCCACAGUCUGCUCUGAAAACUGCACUAAAAACAAUAACCAGCGACGAUUGGCAACAAAAGGUUGAUGCCAUGAACGAUAUUGAAAGACUAGCUGCACAUCAUCCUCAAGACCUCCAGAUGGAGCUGCAUUCUGUUGUAUUAGCUCUUUUGCCAGAAGUUCGGAACUUGCGGUCAAGUGUUUCUCGAAUGGCAAUCAACACCCUUGGAGAACUUUUCCAAACGUUCAAACGUCACAUGGAAACAGACUUGGAUCUGAUCACAAAAACCCUCCUUCACAAAUCUGGUGAGAAUAUUGGUUUCAUUCGCGAAGAUAUCGACAAUACGAUGCGACAUCUAGUGGAGGGAGUCUCUUCGCAGAAAGCUGCGCUAGCCAUUGUAGCAGGCGGAGCUAGUCAUAGAAACCCAGCCGUUCGGAAGACAGCGGCUCAGUUACUUUCGGUGACAGUGGAGAAAUUAGGCUCAGCCAGAUGUUUAACAGGCUGUAAGGAUGUGGCUGAAAAGGUUUUGCCAGCGACUGCAAGCUUUGUGAUGGAUUGUUCACCAUUAGCUAGGUAUUAUGGACGAAAGAUCUUUUUUAUUCUAAUGGAACAUCCCGAUUUUGAGAGUUCUUUACAGAAGAGUGUUUCUGCGAGUACUAUUCGAAAUAUUAGUAGUAUUUUGGAUUCCAUAAGAAGAAAGGGUAUUGGUGAAAUGCCUAAAGAAGGUUUCUCUGCUAAUUCAAGUAAAACGAAUCUUUCAAGAAGCCGUUUAUUGAGAUCAAAAAACUAAGUUAAAAAAGCUUCAUGUUUCUGAGGCUGAAUAUGAUAUUUUUUGUUUCUCUCAAAGUGACACGUUGCUGCCUUGCGUAGUGACCUUUACUUAAAGAAUUGUUUAGAGGCGAGAGUAUUUUUAGGAUAAUUAUUAUUUGUGGACAUUUUAACACUGAUAGUUUGUAUGUCAGUCACAAAAACAACAGCAAUACUUAGCUUAUUUAACAGAAGUCGUAUAUUUAGUAUUCUUAAUAUUAUCUCAAGCAAGAAAACUAAGAAAUCUGCCUGUCUGUCUGUUGAUUGAUCAAUCUAUAACUUAAAAUUACAAUGUUUUAAUACUUACAAAGGUUACAGUUAUGAAUCAAGAAACAAAAAAUGACUAUUAUCUCUGUACUAUAAACAAGCAUAAUAUAUAUAAAUGUUACACAAGUAAUGGAAUGGUUCAAUUCUUUUUUCCACGAUAGUUAAACAAAUAAUUAAAGUUUUAACUUGCAUUUUCUAUCUCAGUAAAACAAGUCAUUAAACCUUUAAUAUACAUAUUUUCUAGUUAACUUAAUUUAACGUUGAGAAAUGUUUUGUCGUAUUGUAAUAGAAAAUUUUCAGGACAUUUUAAAAUUAUACCACAUUUCUGAAUAUUUUCAGUUAAAAAGUAAAUAACGAUUAAUAGAAAUGUGACUGAUUGUUCAACAAUAAGAAAAUGGCUGACAAAGCUUCAUUACAGAUUGAACUGGAAAUGUUUUUCUUAUGAGUAUUGAAUUCUAUGUUGUUUAUUAUGCGCCAUAAUUUAGCUACGUAGUGACAAAUUAAUUUCAUAGAUAUUUAUGAAUACUAUUACUGAUCUACCGUUAAUUAUUUUGAGUCAAAAUAUAAUUUGUAUGAGCGUUCUUAGGAAAGCGACUCAUUGUGUAAAUAGCGCAUGUGGUACUUGUAAAUAAAGUAUCUCUAUGAGAAUUCCGUAACUAA